CGUCGUGCUCAUCUGCAAACAUAUUACAUCGAUGUCACAUAGCUUGACCCAGUCCCACCACUGAGCCGAUGUUUGUCCAUGGGCAGGUCGUGGUUAGGUGCACCGCUUGGGCCUAGAUUCGCUGCUCCGCUCCCCUCCGGCGCCAGGAUUUUGAAGUGAAGCAGCAGGAAACAUUUCUUUGUACAUACACACACGACCAGGGCUACAUCUACAGAACACAGAGAGAAGACAGGCAGACAAGAGACGGGCACUUGGUGAAACGACAUCUCAUCUUCCAUCACUCCCAGACCACUUGGUCCCAACAACCAACGCUUCAUCAUUGAUUAGGCACACGACACCGGCCCACAUACUUCCUCCAAACACCAAGCCAACCAAGCCUUUUGCACCAUGAAGAUCUUUGAGAAUGAAUGCCGCUUCUCUUAUCCAUGGGCUCAAGUCUCUGCCGCGCAUUGGCGAAAGUAUCCCAACGAAAAGGCAGAUCAUGUUGUCGCCGUAGACACACUUAAGCGCGAGUUUGAUGCAGAGAAGGGCAUUUUGCGCAUCGAACGCUUGAUUACCUGUCGGCAGGGUGCUCCGCGAUGGAUUGUCAAGCUCGUUGGCGCAACAGAGGAGUCGUACGUGCGUGAGGUGAGCGAAAUCAACCUCAAGGACAGAUCUCUCGUCCUCAAGUCAGUCAAUCUGACCUUUUCAAACAUCAUGUCUGUGCAGGAGACUGUCCGGUAUGUGCCAGACGCCAAAAACCCAGAGUCAGAGACACUCUUCCGACAAGAUGCCAAGAUCACGGCAUACGGUGCACUCAGUCGGUUCGCCAACAAUAUGAUGGAAGAUUUCACCAUCGACCGUUUCAAACAAAACGCUGCUCGCGGUCGUGCUGGCUUCGAGAGCGUCCUUGAGCGUUUCACUCCGCGACCUCAGAGCCCUGCAUCCGCCUAAACACCAGCAUGUCAAAAGCACUGCAUUUCUCCAACUCUUUCUCUUUUUCAGCGAGUCAUCUAGAUCAGCGAAGGCAUCCUCAGAAAGUCAUUCAAUCUUUAUUUAUAUCGCGUGUUAUGCUAUGCUACGCUUCGCUUCAGUAACGCUGGCUCAGUAUGCUGCACAGUCGUCCUUCUUGUAAAAGUCUUUUCUCUCUG